AAGCCGCAGUCGCUCGCGGCGAUUCCACUCCGUUUGUUUUCACGUUUCUGUUUCGGGCGGAUCGUCAGCCGUAUCGCCGGAAUGAGGAGUUUCGUGGAAGUUCCCAGCGGGAGUGACUUCCCCAUCGAGAACCUGCCAUACGGUAUAUUCUCCCGAAUCGGCCACACUAACAGAAGAGUCGGAGUCGCGAUCGGUGAUCGAGUAUUGGAUGUGGCUAUGGUUUGUCAUCUGUUCAGAGGCGAGGCCAUCGCUGGAAAACAGCAUGUUUUCCACCAGGAAACCCUCAACGAUUUUAUGGCCCUCGGCAAAGCAGCUUGGAGAGAAACCCGUCUGAACCUUCAGAGACUCCUAUCAAUCGACGAGCCUGAGCUGCGGGACAACGCUCCACUCCGACAGCAAGCACUGAUACCCAUCACCCAAGUCAAAAUGCAUCUCCCGGCCCGAAUCGGAGACUAUACAGAUUUCUAUUCAUCGUUGGAUCACGCAACGAAUGUGGGUGUGAUGUUCAGAGGCAAAGACAACGCUCUUAUGCCGAACUGGAAACAUCUGCCCGUCGGAUACCACGGCCGAGCGUCUUCGGUAGUCGUGUCCGGAACUCCGAUCAAACGACCGCUCGGACAAACACGCCCAGACGACGGCCAGCCGCCCGUGUUUGGGCCUAGUAAACUCAUGGAUUUUGAGUUGGAAAUGGCAUUUUUCAUCGGACCCGCGAACAAACUUGGCGAACCUGUACCGAUAGGCAACGCACAAGACCAUAUUUUCGGAAUGGUACUAAUGAACGAUUGGUCUGCAAGAGACAUCCAGAAGUGGGAAUAUGUUCCAUUGGGACCUUUUCUAGCAAAGAAUCUCGGCACGACGAUAAGCCCUUGGAUCGUGACCAUGGAAGCGCUCGAGCCCUUCAAAACGGCUAACUACAAACAACAUCCUGAACCCAUGCCCUACCUGCGGCAUAGCGAUCCUUUCUCAUUCGAGAUCAAUCUCGAGGUUUCUGUGAAACCUCCGGGAGGCGCGGAAGGUGUGGUUUGCCGCUCGAAUUUCAAGCACAUGUAUUGGACGAUGAAGCAACAGUUAGCGCAUCACACGAUCACAGGUUGCAACAUGCAGCCAGGAGAUUUGUUAGCGUCAGGAACUAUCAGCGGACCGGAGGAGAGCUCUUUCGGAUCGAUGUUGGAGCUGAGUUGGCGAGGCAGCAAGACCAUCGACAUUGGAAAUGGACUCACUCGGAAAUUCCUGCAAGAUAAUGACGAAGUCAUUAUACGGGGACAUUGCGAGAAGCCGGGUUUGAGGAUCGGUUUCGGGGAAUGCAAGGGUGUCUUAUUGCCGGCUUCUCAGACUUGAUUCAUGAAUUACGUAGUGGAAUGGCUAAUAGAUCACGCUGUAGCACCAGGUCACGACUUACUCAUGAUCUUGAAAUAAACAUUCUUGGUGAAGA